GAAACCAAACGGCGGCGGAAGCGAGCUCUGAAUUCAAGCAGACGGGGAGGAUCGCCGAAUACCAGAGAACAAUGGAGGCGUGGGACGAGCUCGAGCGAGUACAGUCCCGAGUACUGGAGCGCAUUUCCAACCUCGAGCUCGCUCUCCUCGACCGGAGCUUCUGUCCCUCCCCCUUCUCCGUCUCCGGACAGCCGUCGCCGUCGCUCGCCGUCGCGGAUUCGGAUUCCGCCUCCGGCUCCGGCGCCGGCGCCGGCACCGAAGCCCGCCUCUCGGCGAUUCUCAGGAGCAACGGCGUCGCGGACUUCGCUUUCAAGAGAGUCCCGGGGGACUACUACGAUCGGUCGUACGAGGAGAGGCGGAGGAUCCUCGGCGCGCACUCCAUCGAUCAUCUCUGCAAGAGCAUCGUCAUGGUGAAUACUCAAGCCCCAUCUACAGUCAUUGAUUGCAAGGAUCGAAACAAUUCAAAGUAUUAUGUUGUAGUUGUUCAGUAUACUGCUCGGCUUAAUGCCGAAGCCCUGAAAAACUAUCUUUAUGCACUCAACGAUGGCAAGGUGCCAAAAAAGAAAUUCAAUUUGAGGCUUGCCCCUGAGGAGACAUCCCUGAUGUUGACUGGAUUUGAGCACAACGCAGUAACAUGUAUUGGCAUGAAGACUGAGAUUCCGGUGAUUCUGGACGAGGCCAUUGUGAAGCUUAAUCCCGAUUUCUUCUGGCUAGGAGGUGGGGAGGUUGAUCUGAAGCUUGGAAUACGGACUUCACAAUUCAUCGAUUGUGUCAAACCAUUCAUUGUCCGCUGCAGUAUGUGAUUAUGCCAAUGGAAAAGCUUUAUCAUAUUUAUCAGAGAAAAAAGUCCAAUGAGGCUGCCAAUCUGAGACGGCAAGACUGUCCACAUUUGCUUUCCUGCGAUAUUCAGGUCGCGGUGAUGAUAUUUUCAACACUUCUCUCAUUUUACCAUCAACCAUUUUGUCAACUAAUUCAGAUAAAGGCAGUAGCUUCGGGUGUGUUGGCCCGUUAGGACCACCAGAACAGAUUCAUUAUUCUUCUAGAUGGUUGGAAUGAUAUAUAGUUAGAAAAUCGGAGAAAGCUAAAAGCAGUUUUUGCGAGAAACGCGGGACCUGGUGGUGGUAAUUCUUUCUGACUAGCGUCUUGCAACCUGGAUCAUGUCCAUACCAACAUGAUCUUUGGACAAUGGACAUGCCUAUGGACUACUCUUGUCAAAUCUUGUCUCUCUGGGGUCACUGUCUUCCAGGAAGAUGUCAAAUAUUAGUUCUAUGUACUCGCUGUCAUCCUUUGAAUUUGA